AUGAAGUUCUCCACUGCUCUGGUCCUUUCUGUGGCCGGCUCCACUCUCGUGCAGGCAAUGCCUCACGUCCAUAAGAGAGCUCAAGCUCAACAAGACGAACCUUGCUCCACCGCACACACCCACCGUGCUGGCAAACGUGCCGUAGCCGUCGAGUACGUCUACGAAACCGUCACCGUGGAUGGUAAGGGCGCGACUGUGUCGUCCCCAGCCACCACCACCACCACCUUGAGCUCCACCUCUUCGUCCGCGUCUUCUGUGUCCUCUGCUGCCGCUACAUCCUCUGCUCCAGCUUCGUCGUCCGCGCCCGUUUCCUCGAGCUCUUCCCCAGUCGAAGUCACCUCUUCGAGCUCCUCGUCCUCUGUGCCAUCCAGCUCCGCCUACAGCGCGCCCUCGGUCACUUCCUCCUCGAGCUCCAGCUCUUCCUCUGUGACUUCGACCUCCACUGAGCCAAUCUCCUCUUCGGCUUCGUCGACUCAGUCUUCUGCUUCGGCCACCCACUCUGCCUCCUCUGGCGGUAUUAACGGUGACUUGUCCGCCUUCUCUGGUCCUUCCGAGGCUUUUGAAGACGGUACCAUCGCUUGUAGCGACUUUCCAUCCGGCCAAGGUGUCGUUUCCCUUGACUGGUUGGAUUUCGGUGGCUGGUCCGGAAUUGAAAACUCUGAUGGCUCCACUGGUGGUAGCUGUAAGGAGGGCUCUUACUGCUCUUACGCUUGCCAAGCCGGUAUGUCCAAGACUCAAUGGCCUUCCAGCCAACCUAGCAGCGGUGUCUCUAUCGGUGGUUUGCUAUGUAAGAACGGCUACCUUUACCGUUCUAACACCGACGCCGAAUACCUUUGUGAAUGGGGAAUGGACAUGGCCGAGGUCGUCUCUGAAUUGAGUCAAGACGUUGCUAUUUGCAGAACCGAUUACCCAGGUACCGAAAACAUGGUUAUUCCAACUUACGUCGAGGCUGGCUCUUCUAUGCCACUCACCGUUGUUGACGAGGACACUUACUACCAAUGGAAAGGUAUGAAGACUUCUGCUCAGUUUUACGUCAACAAUGCCGGUGUUUCUCUAGAAGACGGCUGUGUCUGGGGUACUGCUGGCUCUGGCGUUGGUAACUGGGCCCCAUUGAACUUUGGUGGUGGUUACACCGAUGGUAUUGCAUACUUGGCCCUAAUUCCAAACCCUAACAAUUACGAUGCUUUAAACUACAAUGUCAAGAUCGUCGCUGCAGACUCGGACAGCACUGUUAUCGGUGACUGUGUUUACGAAAACGGUAAGUUCAACGGAGGUUCUGACGGUUGCACUGUCUCUGUCACCAAGGGUAAGGCCCACUUCGUCUUGUACAACUGA